AUGGUUUCUUGGGGUGACGGCGAGGAUUCCUCUUCAGAGCAGAGCUCCCUCGGCGCUGAUCAUUUGAUGGUUCUUUGGACGAGGAGGAGGUUCUUAGGGUGUGCAGGGCAUGAUGGAGAACCAGCUUGUGAUUUUCUUCCGUGGGUAGAUGGUGAGUGGCCACCUGCACUUCGGAAAUCAUUGGCAAAGUUGUGGGAUUUGUAUGGACAAGAGAAGCAAGGCAGGGUUAAUGAUGCUCUGGACAACAUGGAGAAGAGGUUCAAGUCGAAGGAUGAGAUUGAGAAGAUGCACAUUGACUCGAGGAAUGCUCAAGAAGAGAUGAAGAAAAUUGUGGAGGAGAAGCAAGUGAUACUUGCCUUGAAGGCCCAAGCUGAGCAAGGAUUGAUUGAUGCUAGGGCAGAGUUAGAGCAGAAGAAGGCACUGGAUGCAUCAAGCAGCAAUAUGCACAAAUGCAUGAGAAUUAAGGCAGAGAAGGAGAGAGAUCAGUUGAAAGAAGAGAAGAGAAAGCUUGAGUACAUAAUUGGGGAUUUAUUUAAGCUCAAGGAAACCACCAGGGCAAAGUCGAAGAAGAUCAAGGAGAUGUGUGAGGAGUAG